CUACAUUAAAAAUAUAAUUAUUUUUGAAAGUAUUAAUAAGGAUUGUAGUUUUUGGGCCAUUUGAUUGGAUGGCUUUCGGUUUGGGCCACUUUUUGGGCUUUGGGGUCAACUUUAGAACCAAAAAAUUUAUGAAUCAGUUUCGUCAAAAGGCCCAAAAUAUGACAGGAGGUAUGUAUAAUCCGGGUCUCAUUCGUUGAUUUGUUCUUCGGCUUUUUCGAAUAUCUCAGUUCUGUCAAGCAGUUUUCUCCAUUGUUUCUGCAAGUUUAAGAUGCUCCAGUUAUUUCUCUCUACACCCCCCUUGAAUGAGAAUGGAGACGAUAAGAUAGCUGAGCAGAUGAGAUCUCAUCUCAAGGAGCUAGAAUCUGUUAUAUGGUCUUUGAUAUCAUCUGGGCAUCGAUCUGAAGCUCGCCUUUGGCUUUGCAAAUCUGUGGCAGAUAUUCAUUCUCUAACGCCCCAUCAUAAGAAAGAGCUAUUUUUGGCCUUGUUAAGGUCAAAUACAGCAAAACCACAGCGUCUGGCAGCACAAAUUCUACAAUUGCUUUUCGACAAGCAUCCGCACAUAGCUGGACCAAUCAUUUCAAAGAAAAGUUACUUGCUAGAGGAAUUUUUUAAAGGGAAUACAAAGCAUAUUUUGCUGUGGUUCUCUAACUUUGGAGGUUCUGGUGAUAUGCACUUUAAAGGAGCUAAGGCACUUUCCCGAUUUGCCUUUGUGAAUCGUGACAUUUGUUGGGAGGAGCUUGAGUGGAGGGGGAAACACGGGAAAUCGCCAGCCAUGGUUGCUACAAACCCUCAUUACUUUCUUGAUCUUGAUGUCGAGAAAACCGUAGAGAAUUUUCUUGAAUAUGUACCUGAGUUCUGGUCAUCCACUGAGUUUUCAGAGUCAUUAAAAGACGGUACAAUUUUGUCAAUUGAUAAGACAUAUUUUGUCGAAAUGUUUCUUGACCUAAUGUACAAGGACGACAUGAAAGAAGUGUGGGAUGUUAUAGAUGUUUUUCUGAUGGAAGAAUCUUUCUCUACUCUUUGUCAUCACCUUCUUGUUGCACUUGAGGAGGAAGAACUGUCUGUUUUCCUGGAUUUGAUCCCUCGAUAUCUUAACCCAAGGUUAGAAACCAUGAAGUUUGAUAGGCCAUCUUCUUGGCUUGAGAUCCUGCUUUCAAAGUGCCAUAAUAAUGGUUCUAUCGAUGAGCUACUCUUGUUGAAUGCUGUGACUUUUCAAAGCCGUCAACUUUUGUUACUAGUCCGUGAAGAGGCCGACGAGGAGGAAAAGGAAAAAAUUAGAAGCAUUGCUUCCCAGAUUUGUACACUCAUAAAUUGUGGCUUUGCUACAAUUCUUGGAGAGUGUGCUAGAAGGAAAUCCUUGGAGAUGAUGAAAUUUUUAGGAUUGCAGGCCUGGGCUUUGCAUUUUCAAUUGUUAGAAGCAUUUCAGACUCCCGCUUCUUGGGAAUCCUUAUUUGCUAGUAAUGGAAUAGGUUUUCGCAAGUGCGGGAAUUACUCAUUGUUAAAUCAUGAUGAAUCUCUGGAAGAGAGCGAGUCUGAAGGGGAAAAGAGGUCUUCAAGUAGCUCUAAACGGAAGAGGAAAAAAGCCUAUCGAAGAAAGAAAAAGAGAAGGGAUUUUGAUCACGACAUGAUAGUAGAUUAUGAGGAUGGUGUGUUAGAUGAUGACGUGCAAAGGCAGGAUUGUAACUGGUUGCUCUCUACUGAUGGGUAUUCCUUCUCUUGGAGCAGUGCAGACCUACCAGGACAUAUAUCAAAUUAUUGCUUCUUUAUGUGGCUGAAAUUCGUUUUUAGCAACUGAAGAGAUUCUGCGUUCUGAUAUUGUCACAUGAGGGCAUGAUGGGUCAAAGACUAGCUUGGUUACAUGUAACCUCUUCACUACCGGCUACAAUCUGCUAGAAUAUAAAAGAUAACGACGAAAGGAGGAAUGGGUUGUCUUCGCGGUGAACACCCUCCCGUUUUGUCUGCUCUUUUGCUGUCGGAAAAUCAAGUUAAUGGUGAAACACAAACUCCAGCUCUAACGACGGGUUAGGGCCUGAAUUCUUUCUUCAUCUACUGAGAUUUGGCACAUUUGUUAGGGGACUCUAUGACCUCUCUUGCAAAUUCUUCUUCUUCUUCUUCUUCUUCAGAUAGUUGAAAGUUGGCAUUUAUCAUUCCCAAUGGCGGUAUGCUUCAUCAUAUGAUUUGCUUAUGUAGGGUUUGAGAACUCAUAUGUAUAUGCUGUAAACAAAAGUGAAUUUAGGCGGAAAGGGUGAGAUUGACACAUACAUAUGGUAAGCAUAAAGUGCACAUUGGCAA